GUGGCUGUUUCAAGAGGAUUAAAUGGGAUUGGACUUGCCGUUGUCACUCCUGCUAUUCAGUCUCUUGUUGCGGACUCAACUGAUGAGAGCAACCGGGGUACAGCAUUUGGAUGGUUACAACUAACAGGAAACCUUGGCUCGAUAAUUGGUGGUCUUUGUUCUGUACUAAUAGCGUCCACUACAUUCAUGGGUAUACCUGGCUGGAGAAUAGCAUUCCAUUUGGUUGGACUCAUAAGUGUCAUAGUCGGUAUAUUGGUUCGCCUCUUUGCCAAUGAUCCACACUACUUAGAGAGCAAUGGUAGAGCUAAAGAUAAAACUUCACAUAAGCCUUUUUCAUCAGAAGUGAAAGACCUGAUUAUUGAAGCAAAGUCGGUUAUUAGAAUCCCGUCUUUUCAAAUACUAAUUGCUCAGGGUGUCUUUGGAUCAUUCCCCUGGUCAGGUUUGUCAUUUGCUCCGUUGUGGUUAGAACUUAUUGGUUUCUCCCACAAAGAAACGGCAGUUCUUUGGACCAUAUUUAUAAUCGGUGGCUCACUUGGAAGUGUCUUUGGAGGAAUCAUGGGCGAUGUUCUUGCAAAACCCUUUCCCAAUGCUGGGAGGAUAGUUCUUUCACAGAUAAGCGCGGGUUCAGCCAUUCCUUUUGCUGCUAUUUUGCUUCUGGUGUUGCCUGAUGACCCAUCCACAGGAUUCGUGCAUGGGCUGGUCUUGUUCAUUAUGGGAUGGUUCACUUCCUGGAACGCUCCUGCAACUAACAAGUAUGUAUCCUUUCCCACUUUGUCCUUUUUCCUUGUCUUCUAGAGCUAACUACCCUGUGUUCUGGUGGGGUGGGGUGGGGAAGAGGUUAUUUGAUACAAUUGAAUUGAAGAUUGGAUUGGUUGCUUUUCCUAGGAUUGUCCGAUGAAAGUUUCAUACUUCUCUGAGUGACCAAUUUAUUUAGAUUUGUCCUUGUUCACACAUUCACACACUAAUUAAUAAUUAUUGGAGUCUCAAAUAGCUUUCUUC